GUCCUAUAUAUAAAAUACAUGAUUUGGAAAUAUCUCUUUUUCUUCAACAUGAAAUCCCUUUAGAAUGGUUUAAAAAACUCUUUUACACUUUUUUCAAAUAUCAAUUAGAUACAGUAGAAUUGUUUACCCAAGUUCUAUAUAUUAAUUUUGAAGUUUUAGAGUUUCUAUGGGAAGAGCAUCUUAAUGAUAAAGAAAAAACUGAAGUAGUUCAAGAAAUGAUCCAAAAUAUCAAUUUUAAUACAUCACCAACAGUUGAGUAUAUUUUAAAAGAAAAAAAAGAAAUUAUUUCAAAAAUGGAAUUAAAAAAUAGAGACAUUAAAAAUCUCUUUAAAGGAAUCUUAAGAUACUCCACUUCCAGAUCAUUAAUGUUGGCCAGAGAUGUUUUCCCAAAUUUUGAUUUUGAAAUUACUUCAUCUUUAAUUUUAGAACUCAUUUCAUACGAAAAUUCAAGGUACGAUAUAAUAGAAUGUUUAUAUUAUCAAAAUCUUAUACCAAACCUUCAAAGCCUACUUUAUCAAAAUAAUUUACCUCUUUUUUCAGUUAGAUAUGAAAAUCCUUUGAAAUAUAAUGUCAUUACAGUUACCAAAUCAAUGUUUAUAUUAAUUCAUACAAUCAUCAAAAAUCAAAAAAUUUAAAUCCUCAAAUUUAAUAACAUUCUCCAUAUUAUUUUUUUUAAAAUCAAUAAACAAUCAAAUAAUUUUUCAAAUGCCCUUUUAAUAUAAUAAUAACUAAUUUUAAAUAAAAAAUAAAAAAAUUAAAUUCAU